CAGCAGUGAAAGAAAGAGAGAGAGAGAGAGAGAGAGGGAGAGAGAGAGAGAGAGAGAGAGUGGGAGCUGUUAUUUAGGUCUGUUUCAGCAGACAGGGAGCAGCUCGCCCUAGGGCAGGGGGAGACGAUAGAGCAACACUGAACUCAGAACAGCACAUUCAGCUACAGAUACAGCCAGGCAGGAACCAGCCCUGCAUUCCAGCUGAGGGGAAGGGAAAGGAGGUAUAGAAACAGAAGUGCCUGCAGGAAAGGAUAGAACAGACGACAGAGGGAGAGAGAGAGAGAGAGAAGGAAGGAAGGAAGGAACGAAGGAAAAGGUAGCAGCAGGCAGCAACACAUCAGAGCUACAGGAAGGGUUUGAACUGGGACCUUCACUGCUGCUGCUACUGUUGUUGUUGUUGUUGUUGUUAUUGUUGUACUACGGUAAGGUGACCUAGCUACUCCAGGAACAAGGAAGGGGGGGGGGUACAGCAGCAGGUUUAACCUGUGUGUUCUCGGAGGUAGGGACUAGGAAGGGGGUACAGUAAAAGGAGGUUGAAAGCUCCACCACCAUGUUUGACUGUAUGGAAGCUCUGGGGAUGGGCCCACGCCAGCUAUAUGAUGUCACCAGCCGGGGUGCGUGCAUGCUGCGGAAGGCAAGCCCCUUCUUCGCAGGGCUGGACCCCUUCGCUUGGACCGGCAGCGCCAGCGUUCAAUCGGUGGAGACCCAGAGCACCAGCUCUGAGGAGAUGGUCCCCAGCUCUCCCUCUCCACCUCCCCCACCACGCAUCUACAAACCCUGCUUCGUGUGCCAGGACAAGUCCUCUGGAUACCAUUACGGAGUGAGCUCAUGUGAGGGCUGCAAGGGUUUCUUCCGACGCAGUAUCCAGAAGAACAUGGUGUACACCUGCCACCGAGACAAGAACUGCCAGAUCAACAAGGUCACCAGGAACCGCUGCCAGUACUGCCGACUGCAGAAGUGCUUUGAGGUUGGCAUGUCCAAGGAAGCGGUGCGUAACGACAGGAACAAGAAGAAGAAGGACGUGAAGGAGGAGUUGGUGUUGCCGGAGAGUUAUGAGCUGAGUGGAGAACUGGAGGAGCUGGUUAACAAAGUCAGCAAAGCCCACCAAGACACCUUCCCCUCACUGCUGCAGCUGGGCAAAUACCACACCAACUCCAGUGCAGAGCAGCGCGUGCAGCUGGACCUGGGGCUGUGGGAUAAGUUCAGUGAGCUUUCCACCAAGUGCAUCAUCAAGAUCGUGGAGUUUGCCAAGCGCCUUCCCGGCUUCACCACCCUCACCAUCGCUGACCAGAUCACCCUCCUCAAAUCAGCCUGCCUGGAUAUCCUGAUGUUGAGGAUCUGCACCCGCUACACUCCAGAACAGGACACCAUGACCUUCUCAGACGGGCUGACCCUGAACCGGACCCAGAUGCACAACGCAGGCUUCGGCCCGCUCACAGACCUGGUGUUUGCCUUUGCUGGCCAGCUGCUGCCUCUGGAGAUGGACGACACAGAGACGGGCCUCCUCAGCGCCAUCUCCCUCAUCUCUGGAGACCGUAUGGACCUGGAAGAGCCCCAGAAGGUGGACAAGCUGCAGGAGCCCCUCCUAGAGGCCCUGAAGAUCUACGCACGUCGCAGACGCCCCAACAAACCCCACAUGUUCCCCCGCAUGCUGAUGAAGAUCACUGACCUCCGAGGCAUCAGCACUAAGGGGGCAGAGAGAGCCAUCACUCUGAAGAUGGAGAUCCCAGGCCCCAUGCCUCCUCUGAUCAGGGAGAUGUUAGAGAACCCAGAGGCCUUCGAGGACCAAACAGAGAGCAGUGGAGAGAGCUCCCCACUGCCUGCCUCUCCACCCGUCCCACCAGCCUCCUCCAAGCCCCCCACCACCAUGAAGACUGAGGCUGAGGACGAGGAGGACAGCUGGGGGACAGAGAAUGGCAGCGAGCCUUCCCCAGAGGAGGAAGAUGAGGAUGACUAUGAUGAUGGGGAGGAGGAGGAUCGGGACAGGGGCUCGGACAGCGAGGGGGAAUCCUGGGCUCUGGAGGGUAGCAGUGAAGGGGCUAGAAAGAACCAUGCCGGGAGGGCCCAGUGAGGAGUAGAGAAGAUCACAGACAUGGAGACUCUACACUCAAACACACACACUAACUGACGUAAUCAUACACACACACACACACACACACACACACACACACACACACACACACACACACACACACACACACACACACACACACACACACACACACACACACACACACACACACACACACCAUACCCCUUCCAGUGCUGGCCCUCCCUAACCUUCUCAUCCCCUCUAUCUCCCUAAUGCACAUCCGUCUCUCCAGGCAGGACAUUACAGGACAGGACAGGACAGGGCAGGGCAGGACAGAGCAGGACAGAGCAGAACAGGGCAGGACAGGACAGGACAGGACAGAACAGGACAGGACAGGACAGAGCAGAACAGGACAGGGCAGGACAGGGCAGG